AUGGCGACUGUGGCUCUGAUACUGGCUCCUCCUCUGCACCUCCUCCCUGGCUCCUCUUCAGACUGGCUCCUCCUCUGCACCUCCUCCCUGGCUCCUCUUCAGACUAGUUCUUCCUCUGAAACUCCUCCCUCUGCACCUCCUCCCUGGCUCUUCUUCAAACUGGCUCCUCCCUCUGCACCUCCUCCCUGGCUCCUCUUCAGACUGGCUCCUCCCUCUGCACCUCCCGUCAGUACAGUCUCACAGUGA